GUUUCUGGCAAAAUGGCUCCUCUAUCGCACCCUACUAUCGUCGACGGAUGGUUCCGCGAGAUCUCGCCCCAAUGGCAGGGUCAGGCCAUGACUUUGAAGGUCAACAAGAUCCUUCAUGUCGAAAAAUCGCUGUACCAGGACGUCCUGGUCUUCGAGUCUGAGACCUACGGAAACGUCUUGGUUCUCGAUGGCGUUAUCCAGGCUACUGAGCGCGAUGAAUUCUCGUACCAAGAGAUGAUCGCUCACUUGCCCUUGGCCGCCCAUCCGAACCCCAAGAAGGUUCUCGUCAUUGGCGGUGGCGAUGGAGGUGUCGUUCGUGAAGUCCUCAAGCACGAAACCGUUGAGCAGGUCGUCCUCUGCGACAUCGAUGAGGCCGUCAUCCGCGUCGCCAAAAUCUUCCUUCCACACAUGUCGAAGCUCUUGGAGUCUCCCCGAGUGACUGUUCACAUCGGUGACGGAUUCAAGUUCUUGGCUGAGCACGAAGGCACCUACGACGUGAUUAUCACCGACUCGUCUGACCCUGUCGGUCCCGCCGAGGCUCUCUUCGAAAAGCCUUACUUCCAACUCCUCCACGAUGCCUUGACUCCUGGAGGCCACAUCUCCACCCAGGGAGAGUGCAUGUGGCUCCACCUCCAGCUCAUCAAGGACAUGCUCAAGUUCACCAAGGAGAUCUUCACCAACGUCGAGUACGCUUACACCAUGAUCCCCACCUACCCUUCUGGUCAGAUUGGCCAUAUCCUCGCCGCCAAGUCUCCUGGCCGGGACCUCAAGACUCCCGUUCGCGAUGUUCCUAACUGCAGGUACUACAACAAGGGUAUCCAUGCAUCCGCCUUCGUCCUUCCCGAAUUCGUCGAUGCCCUUCUGUACCAAGACCGAGACAUUCGCCCCGUCUUUGGACGUGAACUCAAGGCCCUCGAUAACAAGCCCGCCAAGAAGGUCCUUUUGCUCGGCAGUGGAUUCGUUGCUCGCCCUUGCGCUGAGUACAUCGUUCGUCAACCCGAAAACAAACUGACCAUCGCUUGCCGAACACUCUCCAGCGCCCAAGCGUUGGCCGAGAACCUCCCCGACACCACCCCCAUCUCCCUCGAUGUCACCAACACCGCCGCCCUCGAGGCUGCUGUUGCCGAGCACGACCUCGUCAUUUCGCUCAUCCCCUACACCUACCACGCCGACGUCAUCAAGGCCGCCAUCAAGGGUAAGACCCACGUCGUCACCACCAGCUACGUCUCUCCUGCCAUGCGUGCUUUGGAUGAGGAGGCCAAGGCUGCUGGUAUCGUCGUCCUCAACGAGAUCGGUUUGGACCCCGGUAUCGACCACCUCUACGCCGUCAAGACCAUUGACGAGGUGCACGAGAAGGGCGGAAAGAUUAAGCAAUUCCUCUCCUACUGCGGUGGUCUCCCCGCUCCCGAGUGCUCUGACAACCCAUUGGGCUACAAGUUCUCUUGGUCGUCCCGUGGUGUCCUCCUUGCCCUCCUCAACUCUGCCUCGUACAUCUCCGGUGGACAGAGGCUCGACAUCACUGGCACUGAGCUCAUGGCCCAUGCCAAGCCCUACUACAUCACCCCCGCCUACGCCUUCGUGUGCUACCCUAACCGUGACUCAGUUCCUUUCAAGGAGUACUACAACAUUCCUGAGGCUGAGACCGUUGUCCGUGGCACCCUGAGAUACCAGGGCUUCCCCGAAUUCAUCAAGACCUUGGUCGACAUCGGUUUCCUUGAUGCUACUCCCAAGGAGUGGCUCAACGACAACCUCACCUGGGCUGAGGUCACCCAAAAGGCCGUUAGCGCCAACGACGCUGAGGAAGCUACCCUCGUCGAGCGCAUCAAGGCCAUCGCCAAGUUCCCCAACGACUCGGAGGCCAACCGCAUCAUCUCCGGCUUGCGCUGGAUCGGCCUCUUCUCCAAGGACAAGGUCACCCCUCGCGCCGGCAACCUCCUCGACACGCUCUGCGCCCAGCUCGAGAAGUUGAUGAAGUACGAGGAGAACGAGCGGGAUCUCGUCAUGCUCCAGCACAAGUUCUUCGUCGAGUGGGCCGAUGGCUCUGAGCAAAUCCUCACUUCCACGCUCGAGGCCUAUGGUGCGCCUGGUGGUCACUCCGCCAUGGCGUUGACUGUUGGUUUGCCUUGUGGUAUUGCUGUCCAGCUUGUGCUCGAUGGUGUUAUCACCAAGACUGGUGUGUAUGCUCCUUAUACCAAGGAGAUCUGCGAUCCCAUCCGCGAGGUGUUGGAGAAGGAGGGUCUCGGCAUGAUCGAGCGUGUUUUGUAAAAUGUUGAUGGACUCGGAUUAGAAGUGAAAUGAUGUGUAUACUUAUGGUUUAUGUGUACUGAUAGAUUUGUGCUGAAUGGAGAGUCGUUCAG